CGUACCCUGCGGACUCUAUCGAUUGACGGGCAUUCCUCUGCUUGCCUGAAUUAAAAAAGCCAAAAAAUAUUGUAAACGCGAUGAUUUGGGAGAAACAUCAAGAAAAUAUACUAAAAGUUACAGUUGAAAGUAAAAUCAAUGAAAAUGUUAAUAAGCGUAAAAUCGAAGAUGUAGCUAGGAAUGCUACAAGCGCAGUAGCAAAAGCUUGCUACGCACCGAAUGGUUGCGAGAUCCCCAAGCGUCCCCGAACAAAUUAUAAGAACUUGGGCGACCACAAACAACAGCCACGAACUCCCGAACGAAAUAUUGCGUGGAGAGAUGAAAAAGAGAGUUCACUUUAUGAUACUUUUCCGGUUCACAUUCAUAAGAUACCUGAACCAAAUCCUUUUAUAGUUGGAAAUCAGAAUGACCAUGAUAUAAACGAAAAGGAUGAUGAAUUCAAUGCGGAAUUAACUAUUGUCGGCGGAAAAAGUAUAGAUUGGAUUAUUAGCGGAAUUAAUAUCAGAGAAAAGUUGACAAAAUAUCAGCUUGAUGCAAAUCUAUCUAAAGCCAAUCCAGAAUAUUAUGAUGUUGUUUUUUUCAAUUUAAAUGACGAAGACGGUUUCUUAGGAACGUUAGAUAAAGGUAUUGUUGCGCAGAUGCGUAAGGAAAUAAAGAGGGCAAAAGUAGACACAAAUGAUAAUAUGGACCAAGAGAUUAAGUUAUUUCUGAAAAGUAUUGUUCGCCGUGAUAUUAAGAAGACCAAAGAAAAUCUUAAUCAAAAUGCUGAAAAAAUUGGUUCAUUUGAAAAGGGGUUUGUGUUACAUUUUGUGAAGCAUAUGGUAGAAUUAAUUGAUGAUGUGAAUUUGUUUAAUGAUUCUAUGUCCGAGGGAACCUAUAUCGUAAACGUUCUAGCACCCAUUCUUGGUUACUUCUUUAACAAAAAGAAAAAAGAUUGGCUUGUUUCAUAUGGAGAAACCUGUCUUAAGGCAUUUGCAACAGAUAUUAACUCUAAUAAAAAGGAUGAUGAACGCCGAUCUUCAGGAAAAAAGAUUGAUACAAUAAUUAGUAUGAGAGAAGAAGAUAAAGAGAUCUCUGUAAUCGAAGUCAGUGGACCUCCAACGAAAAAUGAUUGGACACACUUCACGGGUGAUCGUAUGAAGAUCAUGAAGAUGUUGAAGACUUUAAUGAAUCAAUUUGCCAAACUCAAUCCAAGCUCAGAUAUCGCAUUAAUUAGGUUAUACGGGUUACAAGUUUAUUAUAUAGCGAGAUUUACACUAUAGAAGCGAUAUUCACAUUUUCUCUACCUAAAACAUGGGCAGAUAUGGC